GGGAGGAAGUGUACUAUUCAUUGGGAGGGGGUCUGUAGUGCUUGUACUGAACAUCUACUUGCCUGGUGCAAGGAAAAUGAAGACGCAUGCAUCAAGCUUUUCUCUGAUUCUGCAAAGGAUGCCAAGGAGCAAGGUCGGAAGAAGAAGCAGAGUGGAACUUCAAGAGAUAUCUUCUAUUCACAGGCCACACAAGCUGUAUUUUCGAAUGACAAGGAUCUGGAGGUGCUGUUACGAUUGUCUGUGAUACCUUUCAUUUUCCUCUUCACCCUUUUACAUCUUUGCUUCUUCACAUUGACACCAUGUCACUGUGUCACCCUUUCCUGA